UUAUUUUGCUCGUUGCCAUAGAAAAAAACCGCAAUUUGAAAUGAAAUUUGUGAUUUUUUUAACAAUAUUGGCUGUAAUUGGCUUUGCCAGUGCCUCUGAGGAUUGUGCAGGAUGUCCUGAGCCAAUGGAUCUGGAGGAAGCCAAGCAGAUACUGGAUGAGACAUUGUUCAUGUUGGAUUCUCUGGAUGGCCCCCAUUAUACGUCAGGUAUGAUUCAUGAGGCUACGAAACAAGUUGUUGCUGGCAUCCGCUAUACCAUUAAUUGUGAUUUAAUUGAAAAUGAGAAUAAAUUCGACACCUGUGAUGUUGUAAUCGUUAAAACACCAUGGCUGGGAGAAACCGAAGUUACUUUCAAAUGUCCAAAUCAAGAGGACAAUGUCAAGUCUUACCAUGACUGAGGUGUACCGGAUAUGUGUGU